AAAUUGAUGAUUAUAUCCAAGAAAAUGCAAAUAUAAUUGAACCCAAUGUUGCAAAAACAGCUCAACAGACAGAAGAACAAAUAAAUAAAUGUUUUAAAGCUUCAAAAAAAAAUCAAAAACAACCUACCACUAAUUCGCAAUUAAACACAUCAGAAAUAAUGAUUGAAGAAAGUGCAGCUCAAAGCUCUAGCUUUGAUAUAGAGAAAGACAAUACAAUUAAAGAAUCAAACCUUUCAAAUGAUACAGGCGCAUCUGUUUCUGUAAAACAAACUUUAAACUAUAAAGAAAAUAGUGACCCUUCUAAUGCAAAUGAAAAAAAUCAAGAGAUCUACCAAAAAUAA